UGUGACAAACGCAGAGAGCCAGAGCUUGCGUCAGGGUGGCGGCACCUGCGAGGCUUCAUUAGCGCCAAGGAGGAGAGUCGGGACAGUUCAGUUGUUUGCAUGUGAAGUAGCAACAGAAGAAGAGGAGGAGGAGGAGAAGGAGGAAGAGGAGAACACGCAGCGCAAGAUGGGGGGAUGCGGCACAUCGCUGCCACCUGAUUCAUCCUGGGAGUCGGCACCUGCUGCAGCCGUCUGAGGAGACCGAGAGAGAUUAUGCGCGGGGCAGGCGGCUCCUGUGGAUUCCUCAUCAAGCGGCGGAGCUCGCCGGAGCUGCGGCAAACCCGAAAUGAAAGCUGCAUUCCCAAGUGAGGUGUUCAAAGGGAGCAACUGUUCAUGUAGCGCAAGCGUUGUUUCUACCUGUAGCCAGUGCAGUGGAGGUGCAAAGUUGACCACGGCGGUACGGGUUCAAGUGUGUACUCAAAGUGUAGCACUACUAGUGGCUCAGGACACUGAAUGACCAGCGUGGCUGAUGAAGGCCACCUGGAUCCGCCUGCUGAAAAGAGCCAAGGGAGGUCGCGUCAAGAGCUCCGAUGUCUACGGUUCGGCCGAUUCCUACACCAGCCGUCCAUCAGACUCUGAUGUGUCUCUGGAGGAGGACAAGGAGGCAGUGCGCAGAGAGGCAGAGAGGCAGGCUCAGGCUCAGCUUGACAAGGCUAAGACAAAACCAGUUGCGUUUGCCGUGCGCACAAACGUCAACUACAGCCCCAGUCACGAGGACGAUGUCCCCGUACCCGGCAUGGCGCUGGCCUUCGAGGCUAAAGACUUCCUCCACGUCAAAGAGAAAUUCAACAAUGACUGGUGGAUAGGGCGUUUGGUGAAGGAAGGCUGCGAGAUCGGUUUCAUUCCCAGUCCGGUGAAGCUGGAAAAUACUCGAGUCCUCCAAGAGCAGAGAGCCAAACACGGCAAGUUCCAUUCCAGCAAACUGGGAGCAAACUCUUCCUCGAGUUUAGGUGAAGUGGUUUCUAACUCCCGGAGGUCUACUCCUCCUUCCUCUGCCAUUGACAUAGACGCCACAGGCUUAGAACCAGAUGACAAUGAGCCACCGGUCAUCCUGCGCUCCCCUCGAUCCGGCGCAAACACUGUCACGUCCCCCUUAGCAAAAGAGAAACGAAUGCCCUUUUUUAAGAAGACGGAACACAUUCCUCCAUACGAUGUUGUGCCUUCCAUGCGACCCGUGGUUCUGGUUGGACCGUCACUCAAGGGCUACGAGGUGACCGACAUGAUGCAAAAAGCACUGUUUGACUUUCUGAAGCACCGAUUUGAGGGACGAAUAUCCAUCACUCGCGUGACGGCGGACAUCUCGCUAGCCAAGCGCUCCGUCCUGAACCAUCCCAGCAAGCACGCCAUCAUCGAGCGCUCCAACACGCGCUCCAACUUGGCCGAGGUCCAGAGAGAACGGGAGCGCAUCUUUGAGCUAGCGCGGACGCUGCAGCUGGUCAUCCUGGACGCAGACACCAUCAACCACCCGUCGCAGCUGGGCAAGACGUCCCUGGCCCCCAUUAUCGUCUACGUCAAGAUCACCUCCCCCAAGGUGCUGCAGAGACUCAUCAAGUCGCGAGGCAAGUCUCAGGCCAAACACCUCAACGUCCAGAUGGUGGCGGCCGACAAGCUGGCACAGUGCCCGCCCGAGAUGUUUGACAUCAUCCUGGACGAGAACCAGCUGGAGGACGCGUGCGAGCACAUGGCCGACUACCUGGAGGCCUAUUGGAAAAACACUCACCCCAACAGCUGCGACGCCCCGAACCCGCUGCUGACCAAGAUGCCCGCCGCCGCCACCGCCCUGCCCUCCUCCUCCUCCGGCGUGCAGGGAGGCAGUACAGAGCAUCGGGCCGAAAAGGCGUUAAUAGAGAGGAAGGGAUCCAGAGAGGACCACCAUCAGAGCCAGGACCAGGACGACGCCGACGAGGACGCCGACGAGGAGGAGCGCCCCCUGAGGACCGAGCCGUCCAGGAGAGGACCGCAUCACGCCCAGCAACGCUCUUCUUCCAACAGGACUGAGCACCACAACCACCACCACAACCGACACCACCACCACCACCACCAUCACCAUCACCACCGAACCAGGGGCCUCGCCCGGCAAGAGACGCUGGACUCGGAGAGCCGGGAGAGCAAGGACGCCGCUUACGUGGAGCCUCACACUCAGCUACUCCAGCAGCAGCAGCAGCAGGACGCCGACCGGGAGGAGGAAGAGGAGGAGGACGAUUUAGGGGAGCCCCAGCAACCCCACCGGGAGUACAACCACCAUCAUCACCACCACCACCACCAUCGCUCCAAGGAAUGCGAGCAGGACCACAACGAACGCAACAAGCAGCGCACUCAUCACCACCACCAACAACAAAGGCCGGCGCGCGACAACCACCAUUACGACAGAGAGCCCCAAAAAAGAGCCGAGGUGGGGGAAUGGGCCCGAGACUCGUACAUCCCCCAGUAGACCACGUUUUUACUCCACCCAGGGCCCCUGUUGAGCUGCUACACCUCCAAACCACAGCAUCCUAUUUAUGUCCACUUCCUUCCGUUUUCUUGAUGGCAGCGUUUCUAUGAUGUAGAUACAAGCAUACAGUGGAUAUAAAAAGUCUACACACCCCUAUUCAAAUGCCAGCUUUUUUCCUAUUUAUUAAAAAAAAAAUUAAAAUUAGACCAACUUUUUCCACCAUUAAUGUGCCCUGAUAACCUGUCUGACCUGUCAGGAAAAGCGAAUUACAACAGCUUAACUUCAUUUGGCGUUAAUCAAACACACUUAAAAUGUUGGCAUGUGUUUGUCUUUUUUGUACUUCCCCUCUCGAAAGUAUUUCCUGUUUCUCAAUUGAGUUGUACAGAAGUCAGGUCAAAUUAAUGGUGGAAAAAGUUUUUGUUGAGCUCAAUUUUUAUAUCACAAAAACCUGGCAUUUGAACAGGGGUGUGUAGACUUGUAUUAAAUCCACUUUACGUACACGUGUGUAUCUAUGCAUAGAUCCUUAUGGAUAUGCAUGAAUGUUCACAAAUAUGCAUAUUUGAUAAAAAAAAAAGCAUGACUUUGGUCAUGUACCGA